AUGAGUUCUCCGGCCGGACGACGGAAGAAGAAAGGCUCAGGCGGCGCGAGCCCGGCGCCCGCCAGGCCUCCGCCCCCCGCCGCGGGCCCCGCCCCUGCCGCCGGCCCGGCCCCUGCGCCCGGCUCGCCGCAUAAGCGGAACCUGUAUUACUUCUCGUACCCGCUGGUCGUCGGCUUCGCCCUGCUGCGCCUGCUGGCCUGCCACCUGGGGCUCCUCUUCGUGUGGCUCUGCCAGCGCUUCUCCCGCGCCCUCAUGGCCGCCAAGAGGAGCUCCGGGACGACGCCGGCGCCCGCCUCGCCCUCGCCCCCAGCGCCCGCACCGGGUGGCGAGGCCGAGAGCGUCCGCGUCUUCCACAAGCAGGCCUUCGAGUAUAUCUCCGUUGCCCUGCGCAUCGACGAGGAAGAGAAAGCAGGACAGAAGGAACAAGCUGUGGAAUGGUAUAAGAAAGGUAUCGAAGAACUAGAAAAAGGAAUCGCGGUUAUAGUUACGGGCCAAGGUGAACAGUGUGAAAGAGCUAGACGCCUUCAAGCCAAAAUGAUGACUAAUUUAGUUAUGGCCAAGGACCGUUUACAACUUCUAGAGAAGCUGCAACCAGUUUUGCAAUUUUCCAAGUCACAAACGGACGUCUAUAAUGAGAGUACUAACCUGACAUGCCGCAAUGGACAUCUCCAGUCAGAAAGUGGAGCAGUUCCAAAGAGGAAAGACCCCUUAACACAUGCUAGUAAUUCAUUGCCUCGAUCAAAAACUGUCAUGAAAAGCGGAUCCGCAGGGCUUUCCGGUCACCACAGGGCGCCUAGUUGCAGUGGCUUAUCCAUGGUUUCUGGAGCAAGACCAGGACCUGGUCCUGCAGCUGCCACACAUAAGGGUACUCCAAAACCAAAUAGAACCAACAAGCCUUCUACACCCACAACUGCAGUUCGGAAAAAGAAAGACUUGAAAAAUUUUAGGAAUGUGGACAGCAAUCUUGCUAACCUCAUAAUGAAUGAAAUUGUUGACAAUGGGACAGCUGUUAAAUUUGAUGAUAUAGCUGGUCAGGAACUGGCAAAACAAGCGUUGCAAGAGAUUGUCAUUCUUCCUUCUCUUCGACCUGAGUUGUUCACAGGGCUCAGAGCUCCUGCCAGAGGCUUGUUACUCUUCGGUCCCCCAGGAAAUGGGAAAACAAUGCUGGCUAAAGCAGUAGCUGCAGAAUCUAAUGCGACCUUUUUCAAUAUAAGUGCUGCAAGUUUAACUUCAAAAUACGUGGGAGAAGGGGAGAAGUUGGUGAGAGCUCUCUUUGCUGUGGCUCGAGAACUUCAGCCGUCUAUCAUUUUUAUAGAUGAAGUUGAUAGUCUUCUGUGUGAGAGAAGAGAAGGGGAGCAUGAUGCUAGCAGACGACUGAAAACAGAAUUUUUAAUAGAAUUUGAUGGGGUGCAAUCUGCUGGAGAUGACAGAGUACUCGUAAUGGGUGCAACUAAUAGGCCCCAAGAGCUUGAUGAAGCCGUUCUCAGGCGUUUCAUUAAACGGGUAUAUGUGUCGUUACCAAAUGAGGAGACAAGACUACUUCUACUUAAAAACCUAUUAUGUAAACAAGGAAGUCCACUGACCCAAAAAGAACUUGCACAACUUGCUAGAAUGACUGAUGGAUACUCUGGAAGUGAUCUGACAGCUUUGGCGAAGGAUGCAGCACUGGGUCCUAUCCGAGAACUGAAACCAGAGCAGGUGAAGAAUAUGUCUGCCAGUGAGAUGAGAAAUAUUCGAUUAUCUGACUUCACAGAAUCCUUAAAAAAGAUAAAACGCAGUGUGAGUCCUCAGACCUUAGAGGCAUACAUACGCUGGAACAAGGACUUUGGAGACACCACUGUUUAAGGAAUGAAUGCCUUCGUAAGCCCACAGAACACUGUACUUAAGAAGAAACAAGAGCUUCAGCUGCAGGAACCCAGAGUUCGUUUACAGGACCUUUUAGAGUUUUCAUUUUUGUGCACCAAACUUGAAGAGGAACAAGAAGACGGACCUAAAUAAAAUAUGCAAUAUGAAUGGAGUUUUUGUUUAAGGCCUUUUUGCGUGAUGGUGAUGGUUUUCUCAGUAGGCACUGUUAGAGCACAGCAAAAACAGAUUCUGGUUCAUUACUGAUAAUAAUCAUUUAUGUAAAUAAUAAUUUAUAUAUUGCAUUCAGAUGAAAGUAUUGCAGAGACAGUGGAUGGUAGAAGACACAAGAGCCCUCUGUUGUCUUGACUGCUAGUGUUUUCCUUGCAGCAGUCUUAUCUUCUGCUUUCCUUUCCUACUGUCCCCUUAGCACCCUAAGAUUGGAAUUCCAAGCGCUUGGAGUUCUUUCCUGCUUUCUUACCAACUCGUGUGCCAAAUGGAAGUCUUCCCAUCUGUAGUAAGAGCUAUACUGAGGCUUUUUUCCACCUAGAUAGACAAACAUUAAACACUUAAUGUGUUCUUUUCACAUUUUGUUUUUCUGUUUUAUUGCCUUGCUGCCAGACAGUUUAGAAAGCAAUUUAAUAGCAACAGAGAAAAUGUGGCACAGCCGAGGUUUGAAAGUUUGAGUCACUCUGUCUGUGUAACAUGUGUGUCAGUCCUCGUGGGCCCUGCAGUAUUUUUCUCUAAUAUGCCAGAAAUCCACUAUAGACUCAACUUAAUCCAUCUCGAAUUCAUUGUUUGUUGAAGUUGUUCUAAUAUUUUAGAGAGCCAGUUUUAACUUAUAAAUUGAGGCACCGGUGUGAGAGAAGGGACAUAUUAGGAGGUAAGGCAUUUCUAAUGUAUUGAUUAUCACUUUCUUACUGUUUACAGGUAACAGAUAGAUGCCAGUGGCACUACCACCUUUUACUAAUUCCUAUCCCUUCCAUGAAACUUAAAAUACCGAAUUUUUCUACACGACAUAUAUUUUAUAGGUUUCUCGUGUUUACUUUGUAACUAAAAAGCGUGAGUCUGUUGAUCUACCUUUUGUUUCCAUAAAAUGUACAGUAAUUCUGUGGUGUUUGUAUAAAUACAUCUGGACUUUUAUUAUAAAAUGCAUAAUAGGAAGUAGAGGCUCAUGUGAGGCCUUUUAAGAAAUGUAUAAAGGCAAAUAGAUAUUUGCCAUUAGUUUACUGGUUAAAAGUUUGUUUACAGAAUUUUUCUUUGGUGCUUAAACGAUGCUAUGUAAAAUUUCAUAAGUAGAAAGAAUAAUUUUGUGGUAGUAACACCAACUUUUCAUGUAAGAAACAUGUUUGAGAAAACAUACUAAAACACUUGCCCUUUCCUUCCAGAUAAAAAUUUUAUGAUAAAGACAUACAUCCUCAAUUUUACCCUUUCUGUUGUUAAAGAUUUAUUACUUAAACAUAGAAGAUGGAUUAUUUCUUAGAAUCAUAUGCUGUUUUUAGCUGUAAUUUAAAUCACGUCUCUUAAUCAUGAUUUUAGACAUCACUGUAUCAUAAAAAUGAAGUUUCGAUCAAUAGGAAAACAAAUUUAAACCAAAGCUGUGCAUAAUUUUUGUUCUAGGCAGUGUCUUUUUAAAGUCUCAGAUGUUAACGCGUCAGUUAUAAAAUACUGAUGCCACCCCAUGAUGAUAGUGAGGGGAACUGCAACGGUCUUAACCCAAACAUCUCCGAUAGCUCUAAAACUGUACUGUUUUCAUUGAGGAGGGGCAAUAACAUUCUCACUGUUUAUGUAUUAAGGUGGGCUUCAGCUCAGCGUUUAAACAGAAGAGCCUUAGAAUCAUGGUUCAUGAUUCUUUCAGGACAGGUUUGAGGUGGUUACAAAACUUUUAAAUGUCUAAAAAAUACAACAUGAAGUUAAUCUAAAAUCCCGAGUCAAAGAUAGUACUAUGUGACUGUCUAUCACUGUAGAGAAGCACCUUUGUUCAUCAGGUUGGCAGGUCAGCUACUGUUAGAGAAUGUUUUCUGUGAUGCUGUGUGUAUAUUGUACAUUUUGUUAUUGACUUUUAAGAUAGGGUUUCAUGGAGCCUAAGCUGGCCUAGAACUCAAUGAGGAGCCUCUAAACACCUUAAACACCAGGAGCUAUGCGCCUCACACCAGGAGCUGUGCUCUUUUUCAGAUAGAAGUUCCUGGGGUUUUUCAAAUUAACAGUAGAUUUUAAUUAAUCUUAAUUUUAGAUUUUAUGUUGCUCUCUGUUUACUGUUGAAGAUAAUGUUUAAAUAAUAAGGACUGAUAGUUCUUCAUGUUAACAUGACAGAGUCCCUGUAAGCUCGCUGAACUUACUGAUCACCCAACUGAGCCAAAGGAAAGACUCAAUACAAUCUUUCCAGAUCUGCUAGGGCUACAAAGCUUUUCUGAGACUAGAUGCUCAUUAAAUUUAUUUUUGUUUCUUUGUGUUUAACAGGACAAACAGAAUUUUAAGUUAAAUAUAUGUGGCAUUAUUUGUUUAUACUGUAAAAUUGUUUAUAUAUCAUACAAAAGCUGAUUCUUUGAUAGAAUGAACUAAACAGUUUGCUUUUCAUUUUCUUAAGUCAGAUUUUCCUUUAAAUGUCUGUCUCAGUUUUAAUCUUUUACUUUUGCAAAACAAAUGACUUAAAGGGUGCGUACAGCUACAUAAAGUGGGGUUUUAUUGUAAAUAAAUGACAGACUUUGUUUGCCUUAA